GGCUACAACUGUUCCUCUCAGCUCACUCUCCCACUUCAUCCAAUCCAGAGGAAGAAGAGACAACUCCAUAUCUUCGGUCAAGAGUCUCCAAAAACGCACAGGUUUGUCUCUCUCUUCUGCGCUCACCUCACAAGGUGCCAGAGACAUGAUUCCACCAGAGGGAAAAAUGCGACGAUCAAAACUCUGCCUUUGACUUCAAGUCCUAUAUGAUUAGUAAAGCCAAAUCUGUAAACGCGGCUCUCGACAUUUUAGUACCGCUCCGAGAACCCCUCACGGUCCAGGAGGCCGUGCGGUACUCAUUGUUGGCGGGUGGAAAACGUGUGAGGCCUAUGCUCUGCAUUGCUUCCUGCGAGCUCGUGGGUGGGAACGAGGCUACUGCCAUGCCAGCCGCUUGCGCAGUCGAGAUGAUCCACACAAGCUCUCUUAUUCAUGACGAUCUUCCGUGCAUGGACAAUGCCGACCUCCGCAGAGGCAAGCCAACCAACCACAAGGUAUUUGGAGAAGACAUGGCUGUUUUGGCGGGUGAUGCACUCCUUGCUUUAGCGUUUGAGCACAUGACGGUUGUGUCGAGUGGUUUUGUCCCUCCCGAGAGGAUGAUUCGCGCGGUGGCUGAGCUGGCCAGGGCCAUAGGGACAACAGGGCUCGUUGCUGGACAAAUGAUAGACCUAGCCAGCGAAAGAUUGAAUCCACACGACGCUGGAUUGGAGCGUCUAGACGUGAAACAAGUGUUGGAAAGGUUCAAGAUCAUUGCAAAGGGGGACAAACAGUUAACAGAGUGGGCACGGACGGGCCACGUACCAACCUUUGAUGAGUACAUGAAGGUUGGGUUGAUGACAGCUGGGAUGGAUAAUUAUGCAACGUAUUGCUUUAUAGGAAUGGAAGAUAUCAAUGAGAAGGAAGCUGUUGAAUGGCUCAAUUCCAAUCCCCUAAUCAUCGAAGCUCUGAAUGUCCUGUUCCGUAUAGCAAAUGACAUAGGAACCUACAAGACCGAGAUGAACAGAGGAGAAGUGGCUAAUGGGCUCAACUGUUACAUGAAACAAUAUGGAGUCACCAAGGAAGAAGCAUCCCGAGAGUUACGUAAAAUGUACAAUGACAACAAAAAAGUUGUUAUGGAGGAGUUCAUGAACUCACAUGACCAUGUGGCGCGCCAGGUUCUGCUGCGAUGCCUCAACUUUGCACGCCUCAUGGAUGUGUUCUACACAGAGGGUGAUGGAUACACUGAACCCAAAGGCAAAAUCGAACACUUUAUGACCUCCUUGUACGUCCACCCAAUACCCCUUUCAUAAUGACGUCGACCACACACCAAUUCUAAGUUAAUCCUUGCUUUGUGUUCUUUUUUGAUAUUUAUCUCUGUGUAGCCUUUUGUGGGUUCUCUGUUUAUUCACUGUCACCUUAAGGCAUGAUUAAUUCUAGCACCUUUGCUGUCUUGUUUAAAGCCUCUAGAGUGUGAGCUUUAUAUAUGAAGUUAGAUGUGGCUACAAUGCCCCAAGCGUGUUCUCCGAGUACAAAUCAAAUUUGAACCGUAAG